AUGGCGUCGCCUGGCAGUGAUCAUUCUCACCGAUCUGAUAUUCCCUCGACGCUACCUGCGCUUGCCUCGAAAACCCCGUCUCACAUUUCCCCGAUUCCCGCGACGGCCAACACCAACGGCAGCGCGAGUGCCCCACCUCCCCCAUCUGCCUCAACCGUCGGCGCGGCGCUCCUCCGCGAUUAUGCCCUUCAUAUAGAACCCUCCCAGACACACAUUCCCUCCCACGACCCCGCUCCGCAACCCCCAGGCUGUGAUAUGUUCCCUGCGCCCAAGAACGGACUCGCCCAGGAGGAGACUGCUGGCUGGUCACUCCCUUCCUCGACCAUUCGCCGGUUUCGCCAGAAGUCCAUGUCCGGGCCCCGAUCACUGUCCACCGACUGCAUACCUCGGCAAACCAUCAUGAAGGCCCUGGCUUCACGCCCAUGCCUGACCGGCAAUAACUCGAAUCCCCCUUUCACAAAUCCCUGGACCGGUCUCAUUGCCAAUGGCACGAGUGAAGCCGCGUCGUCGCCGCCAGACGACAAGGAGCGCCGAUCCAGCAAUGCCUCCUCUCAAAAGUUAUCUACAGCGCUGUCUAACUUGCAACUAAGCGGAUAUCUGGAGCGGUCGCCCUCCACAGCACGGUUGAUGCUCCAGUCCCCAUGUUACUUCCACCAGCGGUUCGACGAUGCCGUUAAUAUCAAAAAGGUGUUGGAGGAGAUUGCGGAUGACGAGUGGCUAUCACAUUCACGGCUGGUCCAGACUGCGACGGGGGUCCGCGAGGUUUCAAAACAAUUGCAAAGGCGGCCGAUCAAACGUGCCGUACGAACUAUCAUGAUCGUCACUAAAGCACGGGACAACAGCCUGGUCCACCUGACACGCGAGCUAACGGAGUGGCUGCUGUCAACCCCGCGAUAUGGAAGUGAUUUGGGUGUUAAUGUCUACGUUGAUGCGAAGCUGCGGAACUCCAAACGGUUCGACGCCGCGGGUCUUCUACAAAAGGAACCGCGGUUCGCCCAGAUGCUCCAUUUCUGGACCCCAGAUCUGUGCUGGACGUCGCCGGAGAAAUUCGAUUUGGUGUUGACACUGGGCGGUGACGGUACUGUCCUAUUCACUUCCUGGCUAUUCCAGCGCGUGGUGCCCCCCGUGCUUUGCUUCUCGCUUGGCAGUCUGGGCUUCUUGACGAAUUUCGAAUUCAACGAAUAUAAAUCGCAUCUCAAUGGUGUCAUGGGCGAUAUCGGGAUGCGCGUCAAUCUGCGGAUGCGCUUCACGUGUACCGUGUUCCGGAAAGACCGGAGCAAGGGUGCAGAGGCCGGGGCAGUGGAGGAAGGAGAGCAGUUUGAGGUUCUGAACGAGGUGGUCAUUGAUAGAGGCCCCUCUCCCUACGUGUCGAAUCUGGAACUCUACGCCGACAAUGAGUUGUUGACCGUUGUCCAAGCGGACGGUUGCAUCUUCUCUACUCCAACCGGCUCGACUGCAUACUCCUUGUCCGCUGGCGGCUCUCUUAUGCACCCAUCCAUUCCCGGCAUCCUUCUCACCCCCAUCUGCCCCCACACCCUCUCCUUCCGCCCCAUGGUCCUCUCAGACUCUCACCUCCUCCGCAUUGCUGUCCCUAACGCCUCUCGAUCAACCGCCUACUGCUCCUUCGACGGUAAAGGUCGCGUCGAGCUUCGACAAGGCGAUUACGUCACCGUGGAAGCCAGUCAGUACCCAUUCCCCACCGUUGUCUCUGACAGCGGCGAGUGGUUCACCAGCGUUCAGCGUGCUCUACGCUGGAACACCCGAGGUGCUGUCCAGAAGAGCUGGGACGGUGGUGAUGGCGUCGGCGAUGCCGAAGAUGACUGGGACAUUGAUACCGAUGCUGGACUCACCGGUACGGACAGUGGUCUCGGUCCCAGCGAGGACGGCGACUCGCUAUCACCAAAUCCCAUGCGCCGCCAAAUGAGCCUGUUGAACAUGUAA